UAUGAUCAUCCAGUAGAAGACAGUUGUUCACUUAGUGGCACGAAGGUGCGAGUCGGAUAUUGCUGGCAUGUUAAUAUGGUACUUGUGCGUCUGCUUUGCAUGUUACGUAUGAUUCGUAGCUCGCUAAGCACUUCUGUUGCAUGUUGUAUGAGCUGCGCGCGCAGCGCCACGGCCCAUGUUCUUCGGGUGUCUCGCGUUGGCUGUCGGGAUCACUUUGCCGCUGUGUGGAAAUGUCCGCCAUGUUUUCCAUGGCGCAGGGAGCAGAUCGGCCGAGAGAAAAUAGGUUUUAAAACCAGCAAAACUCGAUAAGAAAUGGCUUCUUGUACUGGAUUCCGUGCCAAUGGGAGCCCAUGAGUCAGACCGUGGUGGAAAUAAUCGGGUGCCCUGUGGCUUUGGACCGAGUUUUUGACUGAAUUCUGGCAGGAUAAAUGUUUCCUCCACAUCUUGUGUUAUUGUGAUAGGCGAAAACAAUGAGUAAACUAUCGUUCCGGGCGCGAGCGCUAGACGCCGCCAAACCUCUCCCCGUAUACCGCGAUAAAGACCUUCCGGACCUUAACGACUGCGUCUCCAUCAACCGAGCUGUCCCGCAAAUGCCAACGGGGAUGGAGAAAGAAGAAGAGUCGGAGCACCACUUGCAGAGGGCCAUUUCGGCGCAGCAGGUGUUCCGGGAGAAGAAGGACAGCAUGGUCAUCCCGGUGCCGGAGGCCGAGAGCAACAUCACCUACUACGACCGUCUGUACAAAGGGGAGUGCCAUGUUCCCAAGCAGCUCAUCCACAUCCAGCCGUUCAGCCUGGACAACGAGCAGCCCGACUACGACAUGGACUCCGAAGACGAAACCCUUCUCAACAGGCUGAACAGGAAGAUGGAGAUUAAACCGUUCCAGUUUGAAGUCAUGGUCGACAGGCUCGAAAAAGCCAGUGCCAACCAGCUCGUCACUCUGCAAGAAGCCAAACUGCUGCUGAACGAGGAUGACUGCCUCCUGAAGUCGGUCUACGACUACUGGGUGAGGAAGAGGAAGAACUGCCGGGGGCCUUCUCUCAUCCCGCUCAUCAAGCAGGAGAACCGGGACGGCUCCACCAACAACGACCCCUACGUGGCGUUCCGCCGGCGGACCGAGAAGAUGCAGACCAGGAAGAACCGUAAGAACGACGAGGCAUCCUAUGAGAAGAUGCUGAAGCUGAGGAGGGAGUUCAGCACGGCCGUCACUAUCCUGGAGAUGAUCAAAAGAAGAGAGAAGUCCAAGCGAGAGCUGCUUCAUCUGACCUUGGAAGUGGUGGAGAAAAGGUAUCAGAUCGGCGACUUUGGAGGGGAGAUUCUCAACCAGCUGGCCAUUCCUCGGACAGAGAAGUCCAUUUACACCUCGCCAAUAUGUCUGCCGAAUGGAAAUCGCCACAAAAUAGAGAAUAAAGCAAAGCGUCCGCAUCACAUCGCGGUCAAGGACGAGCUGCCCUUCGACUUCGUCCGGCCCAAGAAGAAGUACCAGAAGAAGACCAAGCUGGACGUGCUGCGGCAGCAGUGUCACCCCGUCCACCGGGCCGCCAUCAGCAAGCGGGACAUCAAGCAGUACGACUUCCACAGCUCCGGGGAGGAGGACUACCCUCAGAUCCAGUCCCCGGCCUCAGAACCCGAUGAGGAGAACGAUCCGGACGGGUUGUUUGGCUUCAGGAGGAAAGCUGGGUGUCAGUACUAUGCUCCUUGUGAGGACCGCAGCGGCUCCCCCCUGUGGGAGCGCCCCCCGGAGGUGGCGGGGCAGCGGGAGCUGCGGCUCAGACACUGCCUCACCGCGCUGUCCGUCCCCCGCCGCUGCGUGGGCCUCGCCCGCCGCAGGGUGGGCAGAGGCGGCCGGGUGAUUUUGGACCGGGCGUCGUCCGAGCACGACCGCGUCCUGAAGCGGCUGGACCCGGACGUGUUCGCCUCCGCCGGGGACGGCUCGGACCCGCCCGCGCGGCCCGCAGCCUCCGGCCCGCUCCCCGCCGCCAAGGCCGGCUCCCUGGCCGAGAUCCUGGAGAACAUCCGGACGUGCCGCUGGCGCUGCUUCAGGCCGCGGCCCCGCCCGGCCCGGGACGCCGGCGACGACCACGACGACGCCGACGGGGGCGCGGGGAGGAGAGCGGCGGCGGCUCCGAGCGACCGGCUGACGGACGCUUCCGCGCCCAUCGCUCCCAAGAACCCGCCUCCAGGCGGCAUCACUGAGGAGCAGUACCACACUCACCAGCAGCAGCUGGCUCAGAUGCAGAAGCAGCAGCUGGCCCAGCUGCGACACAAGCCGCCGUCCCAGCAUGCCUCGCCGCCAGUGCGUCUCAACGCGCAGCAGGUGCCGGGCCCGUCGGGCCGAGCGUCGAAAACCCUAGACUCGGCCAGCGCCCACUUCGCCGCCUCGGCCGUGAUCAGCGCCUCCGCGCCGGGGGCCCCCGAGGCCGGCAGGGAUCCCCGAACCCACGGGGUCAACGGCGUCCUCCAGGCUUCAGGGACCUCCAAACCGCCCCACUCCACCAGCAGCACCGCUCCGCCCCCCUCGGCCCCGGCGCAGCUGCUCCGGGCCGGCUCGGCCCCCGGCGCCCCCCUGUCCCUGCCGGGCGGGGCGCACCUGAGCAACGUCAGCGCCGUGUCCCCCGUCAACCUGCCCCUGGUGGGCCGGGCCUCGGCCCCCUCGCCGUCCGCCUUAAAGCUGGCCACCGUCGCCGCCACCGCCCUGGAGCGGCCCCCCAAAGUCACGCCCGCCAGCGGCAUCGGCGGCAUGGCCAGAGAGAACCACGAGCGCGAGAGGCUGGCUCUGAACGGAAUGUCGGACACCACAGUCGCCAUGGAGGUCACAUAGCCGUCAGCGCUCACGCGACGCAUGACAGAACCACUCCACUGACCCUGAAUGAACUCAGACUUCCACAUCCUCUGUGUCUUUGCUCAUUUUUACAUGGACCUAUAUUCAACUGCAGCAUAUCAAAAAUAUUAAGAAAAUUUGUCUAUAUAUAAAUAUAUAAAUAUAUAAAUGUACAUUUUUGUAAAAUUGGGGAUAUCACUACCUUGUAAAAUAGUAUAUUUGUAUCAUUAGUAUGUUAUUUCUGUUACUUGAAUUCUAGAUAUUUUGUCAUCAUGCUUUUGCACUUGAAAAUGCAACCGACAGAGGAGGAAACAUUAGGUGCAGCAAUUCUGUUUGGGGGGAUCGAGAGAAUGGGUCCUGCCUCACUUGUUUUAACUAUUUAUUUUGCAAUGUUUACAUUUUGUAUCUUGUACAAAUAAAUCAAAUUUUGUGUCUACAAAACAUGGAGAUCGCCAGAGUUAACGUAGAGUUCUUGUACUUUUUUAUUUUAAUGGCAAAGUAACUUUUGCCUGGUUCAUUUGUUUCAUAAAUUGAAUAGAUAUUAGUGCAUUUUUCCAUUGAGAGAAUUAUUUGUAUUGCUUUCAAAGGGUUAAUGGAGGAGGAGUGGCUUUUUAAUGUUUUAAAAUUGUCAUUUUGUUCCAGUGUCAAUGCAUCAACAGUUCCUAAAUGAUUGUGAACAUGUGAAAAUGGAGAGAAAAUGUUAAAACGCAUAGGAACUAUUAAGAUUUUUUUAUUUAAAAAGAAUGCACAUGUAUGCAUCUUACAUUUUCGUUCUCCAAGUGUAAAAGAGGAAAAUAAUCGUAAUACAUUUGCCUUUUUUAAACAUAACAGGGGUUACGUGAAUGCAUAUUACACCGGUAUGGAUCGAUAUAUCUGUUGUGUAAUCUUGCAGGUUAUUGGAAACUUGUCAGAGCAUCGCCCGAGAUGGGCUAAUGCAUCAAGGCUAGUCUCUUGUAUUUUUAUUUUUAUUUUUUUUUCUGGUGGCCACCAGCCAAGUAACAGCUAAGGAAACGUGUCUGAGGAUCAGUGUUGGGCCUCCUGUAGUAUAGUUAAAUUGGUGUAGUGAAUUCCUGUACAAACAGUAGAAACAUAUUUAGAUAGUAUUAGUUGAUGCACUGCUUCAGACAGAUGUUUCCCCCUGUUGCUUGUACUUGGAGUAUUUAUGAAGAAAAUCAUGCAGGGAAAUAAAACUAGUACAUAUCAGGA